UUUUGGACUAAGGAGUACCGCACAACUUUUUGAAGACCCCCUCCCCGCACAUGGAGUACCAUUCGCGCAUGGCGUCGGAAGAUGAUGACGAUGGCUGGAUGGAUCUGCAGCAGGAGCCUCAGCAAAACAGAACUGUGUCAGAGUUUGGCGACUUCCGCGCGGAGCUGUGGGGAACGCAGUCUACGGACGGGGCCGGCCUGCGGUUCAAGGUGCACCAGCUGCAGUCCGAAUUGGGCAGGAAGGUGAAUUGGGCACUGCGGACUGGCGUCGCCGUGGUGCUGGCGUGCCUCUACGCCACCAACCGCGACAUCCAAACCGCCAAGUGGCAGAGCGCGACCGUCUUCAGCUGCGUGCUGGGCAUCGGCGCCGUGAGCGGCCCCAGUCUCGGCUCGACCCUCCAUCACGCCUGGGACAUCUGGGCCGGGUCCGCUCUGGGAGGGCUCGCGAGCGUGGUCGUGAACGAGCUGGCCCGCUACAUACGCCCCCGCUGGGUACAGAUCACCACCGAGAUCGUGCUCUUCCUGUCGCUGACCUUCUGGGUGACGUCGCGCAAGAUGGGGAUCGGCUUCAAGCGCUGUGCGGUCGGGGUCUUCAUCUGCGGAACGAUCAACAUGUCUGUGUCGGGGUACGCGCACACAUUCUACUUCCCGUGGACGGUGGUGGUACCAUGCACUGUGGGCCCUUUGGUGGCAGUGCUUUCGAUGAUCCUGCCCUGCCCCUGCCUGGCGGUGACGGAACUCAGGCACCGCCUCGCGUUCCAGGCCCUCAUCGAGAGGGCCGUGCUGUGCGAGCAGUAUGAGGCCCUGAGCAACAGCACGGUCUCCGCUGUGACCACGGCGGACCAGUUGGGCGAGACCAUCAGGGACGAUUUCGCGCGCAUGAAGGAGCUGCUCUCGCCCGCCCGCUUGGAGCUCAUCUUCUUCCCCGCCGCUCACGCGCGCCUCGAGAGGAUCGUCUCCAUCUGCCAGUUGCGCUUGCAGAACAUUCGGGCCAUGCAGUCGACCCUCCGGAAUGGCCCGACGAGAAUUUCAGAAACCCACCGGAGGUUCCACAACUUGACGGCCAAGCAUUGGAGGUGCGCUCUGAAAUCGCUGGCCGCGCUGAAUGACGAAGUGGUAGCGGCAGAACAACAGAGGCGGCCGAUCAGCCCAGAGCUGGUCGUCGACGCGCGAAAUGCCCAGGCGAACUUGAUGCGCGCCUGCGAGGAAGCUCGCCGGCAGGUGAUGCACAAGGUCGGCUCCCAGUUUCCCGGGCCAGAGCCCGGAGAAGAUUUCGGCACGGAGCAUUGCCGCAGGCUCGCCCAACACUACUUCUUUGACAAGAUGAUCGGUGCAACGUGCCAGCAUUGCGAGGAGGACGUCGCAGCCCACGAGGCUUAUCCUCGCGCGGCUGCGCGCUCCCUUCGGCACUGCCUGGAGCAGUUGGUGGCCAUGCCGGACCUCCCAGAGAUGAAGCAGGCGUUCAAGAAGACGUUCACGAUGGCCAUUCUGCUCGCGUUUCCAUACACGCCGAGGCUGCGAGAGCACAACCCUCAGUACAUCUGGUCUCUACUUGGGGCAGCGUUCGUCUUCUCGGACUACGUCGGCUCCGCGGUUGUCACUGGGAUGCACCGCAUGGUUGGCACGUUGAUGGGGGGCGUCUUUGCAUUGAUAUGCUUCGAUGUCAUCGGGUACUCUGAGGUUGCUUGCACGCUGGUGCUAUUCGUGUGGGUCGUGUUCUGGAGCAUGGGACGCGGUUCCCCCACCUACGGCUACUUGUGCGUGGUGACAGCCUUCAGCGCCGCCAUCAUGUUCAUCGGCUCGCUGGAGAGCCAGAACGACGAUCGGUUCGAGGGCUCGGACAUCAUGCUGUGGAGGAUGAAGCAGAUAUCGACGGGCACGAUGGUGUACGUGAUCGUGGAGGUGCUGCUCUGGCCCAACUCGGCCCGUCGGACGCUGUCGCUGCAGCAGGACCAGAUCGUCGAAGCGAUCCGGGACGGGCUCAGCGAGGCCGUGGAGCCAUACACGAGGCAGCCGAGCAGCGACAGCGCCUGCAGCACCGACAGCGCCGACAGCGACGCCAGCCAGGUGAAGCCUACCAUCGGCAGUGGCCACUCCGCGGCCGUGAAGGAGGGCGUCGCGCUGGUGGCGUCCUCCAACGCGUCCCUCGGCCCCGCGGACAACGAGCCCAUGCUGACGCGGCGCCCCUUCCCGCGGGCGAGCUACGAGCGCGCCCUGAGGACGGAAAGCAGGCUGCUCCGCAUCAUCAGCUCGCUGCACGGGGCCGUCCGCUCGGUCCCGCUGGACCAGCUGUCCUCGGAGUCGCCCGAGGCGCUGGCACUGAUCUCCGACUACAUCGCGGCCGCGGAGGAGACCUUGUCCGCGUCGCUCGUGCGCGUCACCUCCAAGAGGGCGAAGCUCAGGCCCUUCGCCGCCAUCCCCUUCUCCUACGACCCAACGGAGCUGAUCGUCGAGGGGCAGAUGGGCAGCAUGCCGUCGAUGUGGGCGAGCGCGGCGGUCGGGGCGGCCGCCAUGUUGUCCAUCAGGGCGCACGGGAGCGUGCUGCGCGCGGGGAUUGCCCGGUACCUCGAGCGGGUGACCGACAUCCCGGAGCCCACCUCCACAGGUUUCGGCGUGUUCACGAUAUUCUUCUGCCUGCUCCGCUGCUCGUCGCUAAUCGAGGAGCUCGGUGAGCGCCUGCGCCCGAUACACAGCGAGAGCGCCAAGUUCACAAUGUUUUGAGGCAUGGGGAGGGGGG